GUUGACAAAUGUCAAUAGCAGUUUUCAGUUUCCACUUUUCCUAAGAUUUCGACGAUUUUUCAACCAUCUCGUUCUAUUUUAGGACGAAUGAGUGAUAAGAAAUUCUUAAAAUUAUUUGUUAAUUUUCUUCAGUAAUGUGUUUUGUAGAAACGGUGUCAGCAUGAAAAUUGUUCUAUGAAUAGUGCGAACAAUUAAUCGCGGGGUUUAGUCGUUAGAGCUUAAUAAUAUGAGAUGGAAAUGCAAAAGCUCGAAGGGGCGAUGGCUGUAUGUGCUGUUGAUGUUGAUAGUGCUCCCCGUAGUUGUGGCUCAGAAGAUCGGUGACCCUUACAAAAUCCUCGGCAUCAAUCAACGAGCUACUCUACCCGAAAUCCGCAAGGCUUAUAGACAAUUAGCUAAAGAAUGGCAUCCAGAUAAGAAUGAGAACCCGAACGCCGAAGCCAGAUUUGUUGAGAUCAAGCAAGCAUAUGAACUGCUAUCGGACACUGAACGCAGACAGGCAUACGACUUGUACGGGAUUACCAAUGAAGAUGACCACAUGUACAAGCAACGGCACGAUUACAGUCAAUAUGCAAGGUUUAGCAAUGACCCGUUUGAGUUCUUCAGUACUCAUUUCCGAGCGCAGGAUCAGGACAUAACAUUGUUCCACAAACUCUCUGUAACAACGAGGCAUUUCGAAAAUAAUAUACUGGAGAAAUCAGUACACACUCCAGCUUUAGUUCUGUUUUACACUGAUUGGUGUUUCGACUGUGUGAGAUCGGCUGCGUCCUGGAGGAAGUUGGUGGAUUCCUUGCAGCCUUUGGGCGUGACCCUGGCUACUAUACACGCUGGACACGAAGCAAGUCUGGCUAGAAGGAUAGGAGUACAUAGCGUACCCUGCCUCACGUUGAUCUUAGACAAGCAGAUUUACAUUUACAAGGACGGGCUAAACUCAUUACCAAAGAUAUUAGAAUUCAUGCGCUGGAAGUUCCCCUACAAGCUGGUCCGUGGUAUAAACGAUGGGAAUGUGGAUUCCUUUGUGACCGACUUCGAAGACAACAAAGUCAAAGCCUUGAUUUUCGAGGAGCGUCAAACCAUCAGGCUGAGAUACUUGAUCACAGCGUUCCAUUACAGGGACAGACUGUCGUUUGCCUUCGUUGACAUAUCAGCUCGUGACACCGCGAACGUCACAUCGAGGUAUAAGGUCCAAAGGUCCAUGGACACCAUGGUCCUGCUGAAGGAAGACAGCAUAGAGCCCGCCGCCACCGUCAGCACCACAGAAAUACAAACACAGACUAUGAGGCAGUUGAUAGAGGCUAAUCAGAUGCUGACGCUACCCAGGCUAUCCUCACAGAACAUUCUAGACACAGUGUGUCCCGUGGAGUGGCGUGCCGCCCGUCGCGUGCUCUGCUGCGUGCUUGUCGUGCGGGAUGAGAGGGAUGUCCGGUCUAACGCCCACAGUAUUCAACAGUUACGUGACCUGGCCCGACGCGCUCCCGACCGUAUACGGUACACAUACGUGUACGAACACGCGCAGCCUGACUUCGUUAACGCGCUCGCCAACGGGUCCGGUAUAGAUCUUUCAAGCCUGGAUCAUCGUAUCGUGGUGAUAUGGCGUCGGGAGUCCACCAGGAUACAGUACGAGUGGCUGAAGGAGAGCUGGCCGAGCUGCGGUCGCUGCCAGGGCGAGGAGGGGGUCAGCUACCAGGAUAAGAUGAACCGCACCCAGCGGGCGCUCGACGAGAUGCUCAAAAGACUGCUGAGGCCCAGUGAGGUGGUCGCCUACGAAGCUAGAAUUCAGGAGCUGGUGGAUGAGUCGUCUCCUUGUGGCGCUCGUCUGGUGAUGGCUCGCGUCUCCGAAUGGAUCGAGCGCGCGAUGUCCGCUCUCAGGUCACACCACGCUCUGUCGGCGCUCUCAAUACUGGCUACUGUGGCGUUGGUGCUCGCUGCCGGGUACUUCAUGGCAUACCUCAUACGAGUAGAAGAAGAAUCGGUACAACGCGAGAAGGAAGAGAGAAGGAGACAAAAUGGCGGCAAACGGAACAACAACGAGGCGCAGCCGGAAAUGAGAUUACACGAGCUACGAGCGGAGAAAUAUAAUGGCUUGGUCAGGUUACAGAAGCCGGGUUGCAGGACCAUAGUGCUGCUGGUAGACUCUCAGAGUCGGGUUCAACUGCUGUCUAAGUUCCACAGGAUCGUAUGGCCGUAUCGCAAGAACAAAACCCUGGUAUUCGCGUACCUCUGUGUGGAGAGAAACGUGGAGUGGUUCCGGCGAGUGCUCCAGCUGUCCCUGGGCGGCGGCGGGGAACUGCGCGUCAACAGGAGGAACUGUGUGGGCACUGUGCUGGCUCUGAACCCGCACAGGAAGUACUUCUGCAUCUACCACGCCAAACAUCCCGAGUGCGUCAAACCGCACAAGCGUAUGAGUCGGAUGGCGGCCUCCCUGGGCGGGCGGGCGCCGGACCCUGAAGCCGGCGCCUUCAUCGGCUUCACCACCGAUCCUGAUUCCUCCGACGACGACUGUUACGACCCACCCUUACUACUGCAAGAAAAUCUUCUCGAUGGACUGGAAAAUUGGCUGGACAGGCUGUUCGAAGGCAGCACCCACCGCUAUUACGUCAACUAUUGGCCGGAUAUGACGACUAAGUGAGAUGGAUAUACAGAAAUACACAACAUUUGGUUCAAACUCUUUGGUUCCGCAGAUGUUUCCGCACGCGACGUCGCGUCCUCAUUGUGUCGGCUCUCGGAGCCUCUUCUAUGUAAUCGACUACUGCCCUAUAAUAAGUUAGCUCCACCACGCGUAUGCGAGUGAAAUUAUAUGCUUCAUAUAAAACACUGUUCUGAAAUUUUCUUUCCAAAUAUACUGCAAGCGUUAUUUUAAAAGAAUCUAUAACGUUUAAUAUUAAUAAAAGUAUGGGACGAUGGUUUUUAAUGUGAAGAACUGAACGCACUGUAGGAUAGAUUUACACAAAUUGUAGCUUACUCAUAGAAGCGAGGGUAGGUACACGUAAAUUGACUUAUGACGUCAUACGUGCCGCACCAUGGUGUAUAUUUAAAUUAUUCACAUUUUUACAUAAAAAAAUAGGCUCCACCACACACGGCUAGGAUAACGACAGUAUUACACCGCACCAUAGCUAAUAAUGACAAUAAGUAUAGUUGUAAUGAGACCAUAGAUAAUCAAAUUAGCUUUUUUUCUCGUUAAUGGCGCCAACGGUGGAUACUGGCAGUGUUGUUUUAAGGUUGUAUUGUUUUAUAUUUAAUCGGAAUGUUCUUACUAUAGAAGUUUUUAUUACUGAAGUCACAAGAGUUCUAGGAAGCUAGAUAUAAAAAAUUUAAUAUCGUUUAAUAUGUUUUUAAAUAGUCAUUGACAUAUUUCUCGUACUAUGACUCCACGGCUGUAGGCCACUUAUCAGUGCUUGAAUUUGUAUAGAAAUUUAUUUAUUCUUAGACAAUUUUAAUUAUUAUUAAUUAUAAUUCGAAUAAUUUUACAAAUUUUACCAUAAAAAAGUUAUACUUUUUAAGUUCCUAUCAUAUCGGUGACAUUUCAAUAGCACGUCUAAAUAAAAUUAUUCUGAAAUUUAACGUAAAAAUAUAUUCAAAUGUAUGAAUAAUAAAUACAUCUAUAGUUAAUUAAUAUAUAGUUUGUUAUUUUCUAGUCAAUAUGUUACCAAAUGUUACAAUACAUAUAAUGUUAGCUUUUAAUUUAUUUGUUUGUAAACUUUUUAUAUCCUAAGCUGCCGAGGUUCUCAACUAUAGUGUAUUAAUGAGAGAAAUCAAUUGUGGAAAUAAUUAAGUCAAAAUCAUACAGAUAAUGUGAAAAGAUGUAGAUAAUAUUAUUUAAAUAUCCCGCUGUUUAAAUUAUCUGUGAAUAUUUUUAUUCUAUAUAGUGUUGACAUAUUCAAAUGCUUGGGAUUUAUCUCUAUUGUGUUGUUGCCAUAUUAAAAAAAAAUAUUGAGUGUCAUUCAGUACAAAAUGAUAGAAUAUUGUAAUGUCCACCUAAAUGAAUAUCUUGCCUUGUUAUCUGUAGAGAAUUUAUUAAAGAUUUACUCUUGGAACAUUAUAGUGAUUCUGUGUUAAAAUUAUUAAGUUUUUUGAAACAAAAUGUCGUUUAAAUAUUUUUAUUGUAUAGAUGUUUUUGAUGGCAAUUUAAUUGUAGUAUUAUUUCUCGUUAAGUAGUUUCUUUAAGUUUUGCUGUUCUCUAUAUAUAUGUGUGAAGCAAAAUUAUUUGUAAUCAGGAUUCGUAAUUAUCUAAAAGGGUCCGUAUCAAUUUAUAAUUUUCACACGCAAAAAUCUGUUUGUUCAACUCAUUAAAUAAUUUAAAUUGUGUUAUUAAGUAAUUAAAGUCACGUCGGUGUGUACGGUUUAUUCUUGUCUAUAUAAAGGGAGAUUUUCUAUUAUUGAGAUAAAACUAAUACAAAUUAUAAUAUUAUUCCAGUUGUAAUUUUUACAAUAAAAUAUCAUCUUUGA